AUGAGCGAGGCCGACGCCACCACCAAGCCCGUUGAGGCUCUCCAGCCCGAGGCUGCCCCCGCCGAGGAGAAGCCUGUCGAGCAGACUGAGGAGAAGGUCGAGGAGAAGACCGAGGAGAAGGCUGACUCUACCGAGAAGCCCGCAGAGACUAGCGAGUCUAACCUUCUCAAGACCACCGCCAAGAUUGACUAUGAGAACCACCGCAACAACCGCAAGUUCGAUCCCGCCUCCCGCGAGGUUACAGAUGACCCUGUGGCCAUUCGCAAGCAGGUCGAGUUCUACUUUGGCGACUACAACUUCCCCCAAGAUAAGUUCAUGUGGGAGUCGUGUGGCGGGUCCGAGAACAAGCCUAUGAAGCUCAAGACUAUCCAUUCCUUCAAGCGCAUGCGCACCUUCCAGCCCUACUCUGCCAUUGUCGCUGCCAUCAAGGACAGCGCCAUCCUCGACCUCUCGGGUGAGGAGGGUGAGGAGGAGGUCAAGCGCAAGGAGCCCUACAAGCCGAUGUCCACCGCCAAGGCUAAGAUCGAGGCUGCCACCGUCUACAUCAAGGGCUUCGGCGACGAGACCCCCAACACUCAGUUCGAUCUCGAGACCUUUUUUGCCCAAUUCGGCGAGGUCAAGGGUCUCAAGCUCCGCCGCACUGGGGAGAACUUCUUCAAGGGAUCCGUCUUCGUCACCUACGCUGACGAGGAGACGGCUACCAAGUUCCUGGCCCUCGAGCCUGCUCCCAAGUGGAAGGAGCACGAGCUGAAGAUUAUGAGCAAGAAGGCUUACUGCGACGAGAAGAGCGAGCUCAUCCGACAGGGCAAGCUCGAGCCCAACACCAACACUCCUAAGAGGUUUUACGAGGGCAAAGACGGCAAGGACAACAGGAACGCCCGCGGCCGCGGACGUGGUGGCAACCGGGGCGGUCGUGGCGGUGACAGCGACGACUGGAAGAAGCGCCGUGAGCACGACCAGAAGAACGGCUUCAGGGGCGGACGAGGUGGUCGCGGCCGAGGCCGGGGCCGGGGUAACCGUGAUGGUGGCCGUGACCGUGAUCGUAACGGCCCCCGCGACCGCAACGACGAGCGCAAGGAGAAGGAGACCAAGCACAGCAGCAACGACACCAUGCCUCGCAUCCAGUCCACCGCUGAUGCCGAGUCCAAGACCAACGGCAAGCGCUCCCGCGACGACGACGGUGCUUCCGGCGAGCCCGCCGCCAAGAAGGUCGAUGUUAAGCAGGAUUAG